UAACUUCCAGCUUGCCUGUUUUUUCUCCCGAUUUCCUGGUUUCUCUCCUUCCGCCGAUCAUGCAACGCCAAAAACGCCGAUAAAAUAUCAUGAAUCCUGACACUGACACUGGAUCUCAAGCUUGUGCUGCAUGUAGAUAUCAACGUAGGAAAUGUGCACCCGAUUGCCCUCUCGCCCCUUAUUUUCCGUCCAAUCACUCCUCUGAUUUUAUCAAUGCUCACAAACUGUUUGGUGUAAGAAACAUCUUGAAAACUCUCAGGAAAUUGCGUACUUUCAAUGAGAAGAAGAACGCUGUUACGUCUAUGAUUUACCAAGCCAAUGCUCGCGCUAGAGAUCCUGUUAGUGGCUGUUGUGGAAUUAUCUCUCGCUUGAAUGCUCAAAUCGAAAUGUAUCAGCUCGAGCUUAGCCUUGUUAACCAGCAACUUGAAUCUCAUCAGCAACUUACUUCUCAUCAUUUACAGGAUUUUUCGCAGUUGAAUAUAGAUGAUGACAAGCAGCUUCAACAACUUGAAGACCUGAGUAUUGUUGGGAAUUACCAGCCUCCGCGUAACUAUAAUUCGUUUGAUGGAAUAUAUGAUGCCACGCAGCUUCACCCUAUUGGGUUUGAUCAACAACAACAACAGCAACACGAAGAACCGAAUAUUGUUCAUGGGAAUUACCUGCCUCCGCAUAACUAUAAUUCUUUCGGUGGUCCUAGUGUGAGGAUUGAAACAAAGGAAUCAUCAUCGGGACAUGGCGGCCAACCAUCAUCAUCCGGACAUGGCGGCCAACCAUCAUCAUCUACCAAGUAGCACUUUGCAGGGGAUUGACAUACUGGUGUUUAAAGAAGAUCACAAGCCAAUCCAACAUGGACAGGAGCAGCACAAUCUAAAGGAUGCUUACAAUUUACUUUCAAGAAUGGUACAGACAUAGAU